AUGCCGCCUGGAUACGAUCCCAUCCGCGACAUGGGCACCGCUGCCAGCGACUCGGCGAGCCCUCCGCCGCUCCCUCCGCCAUCCCUCCCUCUCCGACGCCCCUCUCACCAUGACCAGGCCCCUCCCUACCACGCCCGUGUCUAUUCUGGCGAGGACCCUUCGCAUCCGAUCAGAGAUGCACCCAACGGAGGAGCGGGAGGAGCACGGAUGAGGGCAGACGUCGAGCGCAGCGCUUACGUCUAUUCGGCACCCGAAGAAGCUCGCUUCCAUCCGGACCGGGAAGAGUCGGGCAUGGAUCGACAGCAUGCACACUAUGCUCAGCAGCCUGCCGUCCAGCGACCGGCCCGAGCCUCGCCUUUGCACCAUCAUCAUCCUCCUCACCAACAACACCAUCUCCAGCAGCAGCUACAAGAGCAACAGCAGCAGCAAUACGAUUCACAGCAGCACCUGCAGCACGCCUCCUACUCGCACCCCUCGCACCAUCCUCAGCUGCUGCACCGAUCCUCUUCCUCAUCGUCCCGCUCGAGCUUGCCGCACGGGGACCUCCACCAGCAGCAGCGGCAGUCGCAUGAGGGCCGCCGCAGCGCAUCCAUCCACGACCUCAUCACCGCCAGUGAGAUCCAGGCUGCUGCUGCCGCCGCCUCCGCCGCCUCUGCUGCCGCCGCCGGUGGUCCUGGUCACGCUGGCUCGCCGCUUUCCAGAGGCGUCCCACCUUCUCGAUCGCUAUCGCAUCAGGGCGAGGACUACCAACCUCACGAUCCCUACCACCCCAGCCAGCGGCCCGGCUCCAGCAUGAGCCGAUCCACCAGCAACUCGAGCCAGCCCACCUUGACGCAGCGGACCUCUUCACAGUCGCAGCAGCUGUACCCGGGCCCGCCGCCGCGCACCGAGCGGAGCCCGAGCAUGGCCAACCUGCUCAACGACGGCACCGCCGGCGCGGUCAAGGAUCGGCCAAGGUCUGGCUCGCAGUCGUCGAUCUCCUCGAUGCUGUCCCACUCUCACUCCCACCCGCAGCUGCCCUCGUCGGCGCAGAGCGCGACGCACCAGCAGCACGCUCCGCCCUCACAUCAUCACCACGGCCCGGCGGCCUCGGCCCCUCCGGCUCCGCCGUCGGCCUACUCGCACUCGCUGCCGGGACACGACCCAUCGGGCAGGGAUAGCAUGGCGAUGCACUCGCAGUCUCGGCCCAGCUCCUCGACAUCGGCAUCGUGGGCUCAGUCGCCCGUCAUGAACGCUCCGCUCACGUCCGCCUCAUCCAGGACCAAUUCCAGCCCCGCCAUGGGCCCCGCACAGCUCGGGCUUGGCGGCAGCGGCAGCGACAGGACCAGGAUCCUCUCGCAUCCCGGCCUGAUGGCGGGUGGUGGCCACCCACGCUCCCUGUCGGCGAGUUACGGCCACGGCCCCAGCCUCAGCGUCACCUCGAGCCCGUCUGGCCCGAUGCCUCCAGCCCUGCAUCCUUCUCCGUCUCACCGCUUUGCUGUCCCCGACCUGCCGGCCCACCGCUCGCCGGAGAAUCGGAGGAUACCGCUGCCGCCCUCGCCAUCGUCUGGGCCCAUGAUCCCAGGACGCGGCCCCACGACGCCGGGAGCCGUCUGGCCGUCGACCUCUGGCCCCGGCCAGAUGGGGGGAUCGUACGCUGGCUAUGAAGAGGUGCAUGCCCAUUCUUCGAUGGCCGCGCACCUCGCUUCUUCUCCCCGGCGAUCCUCGGUCGUCCAUCCGACUCUGACGCGCUUUCAGCAGCCGCCCACCCCUGGCGCUGGCGCUGGCAUCCCUCAAACGCCGGGCUCGCUUCCUCCGACGCCGGGCAACUUCCCACCCACGACGCCAGGCUCUCGCUCGAUCCCAGCGAUGACGCCCAGCUUCGACCCGCGCUACGGGGAAGAGUACUUUCCCAAGAGGCACUCGGAUGCGUCCGAGUCCUACGCCGGUCACGGCGCUGGUCGCUCCGUGGUGCACCCUUCUCCGGUUGGCCUAUCGCAGCAUGGCGAUGGGCCCGCCCACCCGUCGUUGGACCGACGCAUGUCUUCCGCCUCUGCGCGAAGGCCCAGCCACGAGAUGGCUCCUCAUCCGCGCGAAUCGCCUGCAUCGGCCCACGCCGCCUCGCCUCUGCUUGGCGCGGAUCGUCGUUUUGCCGGUCCUCCCCCGCUGCCUCCCGCCGCUGGCUCGCCGACCUCGGAGAGCGCGGCUCAGGCGCGUCGAAGUCCGUUCGUGCAACCGGAGCCGAGCCCGCGUGGCGCCAUGUUUGAUCCGGUGCGAGGCAUCACCGCUGUGCCCGCUUCGAGGCGGACGUCGUCGUCGUCAUCAUCGAGGCACGACGAGCCGUCCCCCAUGCAGGACCCGCGCCGGUUCUCGGAAUCGUCGAUCGGCGCGCGCAGUGCCGUCUCGGACGCCAGCUCCUCUGCGGCCGCACGGAGGACCAGCAUGGAUGUGCUCGGCCCCAUCAUGGCAUCGCCCCCUCGGAGCGAAGCGAUAGGCAAGCGUCGAUCCUCGAAUAUCGAGGAGGGCGUCCGCGGCGACGGCGGGAGGGACGGCAAGAAGGCGAGGCUCGAUGCGGUGGACGACAAGUCCUCGAUGGAUCAUCCAAACGUCCGUGACCAGGAUCGAAGCAUGGAGGCUGCUUCGCCAGAUCGCGACGGCUACUCGCCUCGCGCCGUGCGGGAUCAGCAGCCGGAGGCAAUGGCGGACGAGGACGAGCAGACAGAGAAUCAAGCCGAAGAGGAACCUGCACCUGCAAAAGUGGCGCCGGUACUUCCCGAACCCCACCUCAAACCCAAGCCGAAACCCUCUUCGCCUCCAUCCGCUGAUGCCCGCGAUGUGGACGAGAGCGGAACCGAUGCAGAAAUGGCCAUCGACAGGAAGCCGAGCCCGCCGCGCUUCACGCCGCCGGCCGAGGAGGAUCAGGCCAAGAAGAACGGCAGGCAUGCUGCGCAGGAUCGCGAGGAGCUCAGCGAUCGUGAGGCUCGGGAGCAGCAACGCACGCCGCCGCCGAUCGUUCCGGCCUCGGCACGGCCGGCAUCUCUCCCUCAACGGCCGGUUUCGCCAGCUGCUGCUGCUCCAGCCUCAGCUGCUGCUGCCGCGCCCACUCCCGGCGGCCCCGCUCGCCCUUCUCGAGCGCCUAUGCCGAGGUACGCGCCCAAGCACCGCGUUUCUGCACCCACCCUGGUGAUGCGGCCGAUUGGCAUCGACGAGAUCGACGACAAGCGACGGCGGUGCCGCAACCCGCUGCGCGAGGAAUGGGAGCGACACCAUCGCGCCGACAGCCGCGAACCUCUCGACAACCUGCUGCGAGAGUACUACGAGUCCAAGCAGGCUCAAGGGUCGGGGCGCGACGCCGAGACCGAGGCGGCGCUCAAGCGUGCUCGCGAUGACGACCUCAAGGAUGCACUCGAGGUGGCGGAUCACUACAACAAGCGCCGCGAGGUGGGCAUCCAGGGCCGCGAAGAGUCGCCCAUCAUUGCGCUGCGGCGGUUCAACAACUGGGUCAAGUCGGUCCUCAUCGGCCGCUUCUCGCGCGGUGACGAUCCGCGGCUCGACGGGCGCGGACGACCGCGUGGCGGCCGGAUGAUGGAGCUCGGGUGCGGCAAGGGGGGCGACCUGAAAAAGUGGGACAAGGUCAACCCGGCGAGCCUGGUGGGCGUCGACAUUGCGCAGGUGUCGAUCGAGCAGGCCAUCCAGCGCCAUCGCGACAACAAGUCGCGCUUCGAGGCGCGCUUCUUCGCCUUCGACUGCUUUUCGCGGCCCCUGACCGAGGUGGUGCCGCGCGAGCUGCUCGAGCCGGGCAUCGACACCGUCAGCCUCCAGUUCUGCAUGCACUACGCGUGGGAGAGCGUCGAAAAGGCGCGCACCAUGCUCGACAACGUCAGCCGCUUCCUGCGCGUCGGCGGCACCUUUAUCGGCACCAUCCCGGACUGCGACGUGCUGAGAAACCGGCUGUACCGCAGCGGCGCGACGUCGCGCACGUUUGGCAACGCCCACUACCACCUCACGUUUGACGAGCGGCUGGCCAACACGCCCUUCGGCGACCGGUACACGUUUUUCCUCGAGGACGCCGUGGAAAACGUGCCCGAGUACGUCGUCGACUGGCCCACGUUUCUCGCCCUGGCCGACGAGGUGGGCCUGCGCUGCGUCUACUCGCACAACUUUGCCGACAUCUACAACCAGGACGGCCGCGGCGGGCGGCGCAACGGCACCGAGUUUGGCAGCCUCGCCGAGCGGAUGCGCGUCGUCGACGCCGCGCGCGGCGAGCUCGUCAUGGACGAAGACAUGUGGGAGGCCGUCACGCUCUACAAGGGCUUUGCGUUUGAAAAGGUGCGGUGA